GUUAGAAUAAAUUUUUUAACAAAAUGUCAAAAAUAAGAACUCCAAAAAGUUAUAGUAGUUCAAAAAGUAGUAAUAAUAAAGAAAAUAUUGAUAAUGAUCCAUAUUUAGAAAAACAUUUUCGUGGACAUUCAGAUACAGUGACAGGCUUAGAUUUUAGUCCUGUGGGUGAUCAGUUAUUAAGUUGUAGUGAUGACAAUUCGUUAAUUAUUUGGUGUAUUCGUCAAUCAGUACGAUGUUAUAAAUUUAUUGGACAUACGGAUUCCAUACUGUGUGCUCGAUAUGCUCCAGAUGGUAAUUUAAUCGCAACAGGAUCGAAGGAUAGAACAGUUCGGUUAUGGACACCGAGAGUUAAAGGUAGCUGUAAUGAGUUUAAAGCUCAUACUUCUAGUGUUAGAUCUUUAGAUUUCUCUCCUGAUGGGACAAAACUUGUAACGUCUUCUGAUGAUAAAAUAAUAAAAUUAUGGCAAGUUUCUCGAUCAAAAUUCAUCACAUCAUUUGUGGGACAUACAAAUUGGGUCCGUUGUGUAAGAUUUUCACCCACUGAACAGCAAAUAAUUUCAUGUUCAGAAGAUCGUUCAACCCGGCUUACUGAUUUAGUUAGCGGCGAAACUAUUCACACUUUCCAUGAACUAAAAGGUCAUGGAGUUCAUGUAGAAUUUCAUCCAAAUGCUUGCGUUUUCGCUGUAGCUUUAAGUAAUGGUAACGUAAAACUAUACGAUACACGAACACGUAAAUUACAACAACAUUAUCAAAUUCAUGAUGAAACACUUUCUCAAAUUGCUUUUCAUAAAACAGGAAAUUAUCUUUUGACUGCAUCACUUGAUUCUACCAUGAAGAUUUUAGAUUUAUUGGAAGGAAGACCAAUUUACACGUUACAAGGACAUAAAGGAUCAAUAAAUUCAGUGGCAUUUUCAAAAAAUGGAGAAUAUUUCGCUUCUGGUGGGUCAGAUAAUAAUGUUUUGGUAUGGAAAUCAUGUUUCGAAAUGAAUUACAAUUUUAAAUCAUCAACUAAAACGAUAAAAUCCAAUGAAGAUCCAUUAAGUGAUAAAAAUACUGAAUCGAGUAAUGAAAAUUGUACAAAACUACAAAUUAAACCACCUAAAAACAUUGGUUAUAACAAUGAAAAAUAUCAAGAUUCGCCCAAUAAACCAACCGAAUAUCAUAGCCAUGAAGAAGUUAUUAAUGACAUGUUACCAGAUUUAGAAUCUUUAUCUGUUGAACGUGAACCACAAUCAUCUGGUCAGUUUCCAGUAGAAGCCUUUAGCAUGUUAUUAAAAGAUUUAUCAAAUAAAAUCACUGAUAUGUCUAGAACGAUCGUCGAUAUGAAUAAUCGUUUAGUAAACCUUGAAGAAAAGGUUGAUAACAAACGAAUAUAGGUUUUUAAUUUUAAAAUAAGUAUUUGUAUUUAUUAUUUUUUUACCU